AUGAAUUCAUUUAUAUUCAUAUGGAUUUUUAUCAUCAAUAUUCAUAUUAUUCUUACAGCACCACCAUCAUUGACAAGCUUCGAUGAUCGUGUAAAUGAAUUAUUAGCUAAAAUGACUGAUGAAGAAAAGGCUGGUCAAAUGACACAAAUCACUAUUAAUUUAAUAUUAAAAGAUCCAAGUAAACCAUGGAAUGAAAUCGAAGUUGAUCCUGAAAAAUUAAGAAUAGCAAUACAAGAUUAUAAAAUUGGUUCUAUUUUAAAUGCUGCUGAAACAGGUGCUUAUGGAGUAAGUCAAUGGCAAGAUAUUAUAACAAAAGUACAAGAUGAAGCUAAGAAAAGUCGUUUAAGUAUUCCAAUUUUAUAUGGUAUUGAUUCAAUUCAUGGUGCUAAUUAUAUUCAAAAUUCUGUUUUAUUUCCACAAGCAACUGGUCUUGCUGCAACAUUUAAUACAACAUUAGCACGUGAACUUGGAAAAAUAUCUGCACAUCAAACACGUGCAGCUGGAAUCACAUGGAGUUUUCAUCCACAAGUUGAUAUUGGUCGUCAAAAAUUAUGGUCACGUUUAUGGGAAACAUUUGGUGAAGAUGUUAAACUUGUUAAAGAUAUGGGUCGAGCAUAUAUGGAAGGAAUGCAAGGAGAUGAUUUAACAUCACGUGAAACUGUAGCUGCUUGUCUUAAACAUUAUGUUGGUUAUGGAUUACCACUAUCAGGUCGUGAUCGAACACCAGCAUGGAUUGAUGAUCGACAUAUGCUUGAAUAUUUUUUACCACCAUUUGAAGAAAGUGUUCGUGCCGGUGCUGUUUCAGUCAUGAUUAAUUCUGGCGAAGUAAAUGGUAUUCCUGGUCAUGCAAAUUAUCAUUUAUUAACUGAAAUUCUUAAAGAAACAUAUCAAUUUCAUGGAUUUACCGUUUCAGAUUGGGAAGAUAUUAUACGUCUUCAUACACGUGAUCAAACAGCUGAUACACCUAAAGAAGCUGUUCGUCAAUCAGUUAUGGCUGGUGUUGAUAUGAGUAUGGUUCCAUUUGAUUAUUCAUUUUAUAAUCUAACAGUUGAAUGUGUAAAAGAUGGUUCAAUACCAAAAACACGUUUAGAUGAUGCUGUACGUCGUAUUCUUCGUGUUAAAUAUGCAUUAGGUUUAUUUGAUGGUAACAAUGCAUGGCCUGAUAGUUCAGCAGUAGGUACUUUUAAUAAACCUGAAUAUGAUGCAACUAAUCGACAAGCAGCACGUCAAGGAAUAACUUUACUUAAAAAUGAUAAUAAUUUAUUACCUAUGAGUAUAGACAGAAUAACUGAAACAAAUAAAUUGGUAAUUACAGGUCCAACAGCAAAUACACUUACAUCAUUAAAUGGUGGUUGGACAUAUACAUGGCAAGGAACUGAUGAAGCAAUUUUUCCAAGAAAUUUAACAAAUAACACAAUUUUCGGAUCAUUUCGAGCACGUGUAGGUGAAUCAAAAAUUGGUUAUUAUAAUGCUUCAACAUUUAAUACAUUACUUAAUACUGAUGCUUUAUUAAAUGCAGUUCAACAAGCUAGUUAUAUAUUAGUAUGUCUUGGUGAACAAGCAUAUACAGAAACACCAGGAAAUAUCAAUGAUUUAACAUUAGAUGAAGCUCAAUUACAAUUAGUUGAACUAAUUAAAAGUCGUACAUCAGUACCAAUUAUAACAGUUCUUGCUGAAGGACGUCCAAGAAUUAUUCGUCGUAUUGUUGAUUUAUCAUCAGCCAUUGUUAUGAUGUAUUUACCUGGUAUGGAAGGUGGACGAGCACUUGUUGACGUUUUAUUUGGUGAUUAUAAUCCAAGUGGACGAUUACCAAUAACUUAUCCAAAAUAUAAUCAUCAUUUAUCAACAUAUGAUUAUAAAUGGACUGAAGUUAAAAUUGGUAACGCUAUCGAUGUGGAAUAUGAAUUCGGACAUGGUUUAAGUUAUACAACAUUUAGUUAUUCAGAUUUAAGUGUUCCAUCGAGAAUUAAUUGGGAUGAUCAAAUAGUUAUUACAUUAAAUGUACGUAAUAAUGGUUCAAGACAAGGUGAUCAUUCAGUACUUUUAUAUGUUUCUGAUAUUUAUCGAACAAUUACACCACCAAAUAAAGAAUUAAAAGGUUAUGAAAAAUUAUCAUUUGCACCGAGUGAACAAAAAUCAGUUCGAUUUACUCUUAGUCGUCAUGAUUUAUCAUUUAUUGGAAUUGAUUUAACUCGACAAACUGAAGCUGGACUAUUUGAAGUAAAAGUUGGUAAUCUGGCAGCUAACUUUACUCUAGUUGGUGGAAAUCAACCUGUUACUUCAACAUCAUCACAAUCUGCUGGUUCAGCAUCAACAAAUCAUUUAAAUUAUCAACAAUAUUUUAUUUUGUUUAUGAAUAUACUUCUUGUCUUGGCUACAAUAUUUAUAUAA